AUGUACUUGCUGCAUAUGCAGGGGAGCACAGCGCCCCAGCUGUCCAGGGAGGAGAUUGGAGAGCUCAGAGAGUUGUUUGACAUGCUGGACACCGACAAGGGCGGAACCCUGUCAGCCAGCGAGGUGAGGGCGCUCAUGCGCAUGCUUGGCAUGCGUGUCAGUGCCGCAGAGGCGCGGGUGCUGGUGGCGGGCGUCGAUGCGGACGGCAGCGGCGCCCUGGAUUUCGACGAGUUUUUGCAGGUUGUGGCAGCCCCCCAGCAGAAGCCGGCCUACAUGCAGGGCGAGCUCGUGCAUGCGUUUCGGCGAUUUGCAGACCGGAGCGUGCCGGCAGGCUGCAUCGCGCCUGAGACACUGGAGAGGGCGCUGGCCAGCGGCGUGGAGCCCGUGGAGAUCAGCCGCAUGGUUCAUUCUCUUGACACGAACGCCGACGGUCUCAUCAACUUCAGGGAAAUGGUCGCGCUGCUAUUCAGUGGCCAGCAGCAGCAGCAGCAGCAGCAGCAGUAG